AUGUACACGGCCGUGUGGGCGAAUACUGCUACCCAUCGUCUCAGAAAAGAGAGCAAAGAAACACAGUCUGUGGUGCUCCCACUCGUCAUCUGCUCCGUGGCGCCCUUCUCCGUGGCGCCCUUCCCCCUCGACGUCCUGCUCGCAUACCUACUGGUGAACGUACUCGGCCUGGGGCUCGCCGGCGCACCCACCACGGUCUCGGCGACUCUGUGGGUGUCCUUCCUGAUGCUACUCGCCUACGUGCUUCUCUCCAAGAAGUUUAGCGAGAUGUGGAGGGGGUUCUCCGCCGACGCCUUCAAGUACGUGCUCCCCGCCGUGAAGCGCGCCACGCCGUCAGCCAUCAUGGUCUGCUUGGAGCUAUGGGUGUUCGAGCUCCUGGUGCUCAUCGCCGGUUUGCUACCGAAUCCCACCGUUAACACGCCGCUGAUCGCCAUGUGCAGCUCUAGCACAGAAGCGAUUAUCUGCAUGAUCUCAGUUGGGUUCAGUGCCACGGUGAGCACACGGGUGGCGAACAAGAUCGGUGCGGGGAACGUGGACAGGGCGAGGAACCUGUGA